AUGUCCAUCCUUAACUUCUCUAAGGCGGCUGGCUCCUCUGUGAGCUGGGCUAUGGGCUACGUUGCUCUGGCCACGGGUCAACUCCCCAGUCAGAGUCCUAAGGUGUCCCUGUCGACUGAAGCCUUUGUGCCCCUCAUAAUUCUUGCUAUCGUCAUUGUCGUCCUUGGUAUCAUCAUCGGUUUACUUCUCUUUCGGCAUUACUGCUGUAGCUCCAUGAACUCCACGACAGCGACCACAAUGCCAACUAAUACACUAGAUUACAUGAACACGCAAAUUGGGCUCCACGAGACAGGACAAAGUGAGUCGUGUUCAACUUACCCCAGCAUACUCAGGCUUCAUUCAGAAGGAAGGAGCGAAAAACUCACCAGGGGAUAA